AUGAAUGAUUUGACUAAACAUUUUGAAUAUAUGGCCAUAGCUUUAUUUGUUGGUUAUAAAGCUUUAUUAAAUAAUGAAACUCCAGUAUCAUGUAUAGUAGUUAAAGAUGAUAAAAUAUUAAGUAUUGGCUAUAAUUAUACAAAUAUAUCAUUAAAUGGAACGAAACAUGCAGAAUUUUUAGCAUUAGAGAAAUUAAAAGAUUAUAAUUACAAGGAUUUAACUUUGUAUGUAACUGUUGAACCAUGUAUAAUGUGUGCAUCAUAUUUAAGACAAUUAGGAAUUGGUAAAGUUUAUUAUGGAUGUGGUAAUGAUAGAUUUGGAGGAAAUGGGACUAUACUUUCAAUUCAUAAAGAUCCCAAUUUACCAAAUGACACUUACGAAAGUAUUGGAGGUAUAUGUAGAGUAGAAGCAAUACAAUUGUUACGAAAUUUUUAUAUUCAAGAAAAUGAAGCAGCUCCAAAUCCUAAAAUUAAAAAGAAUACAAAUAUUGAAGAAAAAGAAUUUCCUCCAAAUAAAUUUAAUUUAACCAAAGAUGAAUUUAUUGAAUUUUAUGGAUUUGAUAGAUUAAGUUGUUAUACUAACAAUUUGGAAAUAACACCCAUUUUGGGUAAGAAAUAUCAUGUUAAAAAUUUUUUAAAUAAAGAAAAAUUGAAAAAAGUUCCUUACUUAGAAUCAGAAUUGGGAUUAGUGGAUGAUGUUCAAAUUGAUGAAUUCAACUCAUUAUUUUAUGAGAUUAAUGAUGAAGGAGAAGUGAAUUAUGCUAGUGGUAUUGAUAAAUUUUCUCAUAAAAAGAGAAGAAUAAGUUGA